UUCCCCCCCAAAGCCGCCGUGAUUGUUGUGGGCGCCGCCAUCUUGCUUCGGCAGCGAGAGGGGGAGCCCCCUCGGGUUCUUGUUUAGCGUGUGAGCGGGAGGGCGCGCUCCGCGGGGCUGACAAGGGGCUUUGGGUGCUGCCGGGUCCGCCAAUUCAUCCCUUCGAAGGGUGCGGGUUCCUUUCUUAAGCCUUGUUUCGCGCGGCUGUUUCUUCGGAAGCUGGGCAGAGGCGGUGGCAAGAUGGCAGUGGAGUCUCGAGUUACUCAGGAGGAGAUCAAAAAAGAACCUGAAAAGCCGAUCGACCGUGAGAAGACCUGUCCCCUCUUGCUGAGGGUUUUCACUACAAACAAUGGACGUCAUCACCGAAUGGAUGAGUUUGCCAGGGGGAAUGUGCCCUCUAGUGAGCUUCAAAUCUACACCUGGAUGGAUGCGACUCUCAAAGAACUAACCAGUUUAGUGAAAGAAGUCUACCCAGAAGCAAGGAAGAAGGGCACACAUUUCAACUUUGCAAUAGUGUAUACAGAUCUUAAAAAGCCUGGUUACAGGGUGAAGGAGAUUGGCAGUACAAUGUCAGGAAGAAAGGGCACAGAUGAUUCCAUGACUCUACAGUCUCAGAAGUUUCAAAUAGGGGAUUAUCUUGACAUAGCAAUUACUCCUCCAAAUCGAGCACCACCUCCAUCAGGUCGCAUGAGGCCCUACUAAUAACUGGCUUUCUCUGCUUGACUGUACCAUCUGCUAUUUUGCAUUCAUUAGAUAAAAGCUUGUUUUUUAAGAAAUGUUUUGUGCAGAGACUAGAAAACUUACUAAACCUGGAAAAUGUUGAAGUUAUUAUGAAAUUGCUAGUUGGAUUAGUAGUUUUUCUGUCUUGGAUUUGUUAAAACUGGGACUGUCCACUGUUUCAAAUGUGCAUAAAGAGUAGCCCCAAGACAAUUGCCCUUGUGUGUUUUUGAGAUUGGUUAUGAAGCAAAUAUGCUGUAAAACCAACCACUAACAUGGGGAGGUUAACAUUACUUGGAUGUAUUUCAUAAGUACGCUAUUGAGAUUUUCUGUGAAAUAAAGCAGAAUGUAAAUAAAUGUUUCUUUUAGUCA